AUGGGUACAUUGCUGCGUGUGAUGAACAAGGUUUUGGGGCGGAUCAUCCUGGAUCGACUAAUCCGACAUCGCGAAGAAAUCACCCGUGACGAGCAAGCAGCAUUUCGCUCUGGUCGAUCGACGAUUGAUCAGGUGUUUAUUGUGAGGAGAGUGAUUGACCCUAUAGAUAGUGGAAACUGGAGUAAGACAAGAGGCCGUCGCGAGACCUCCCUUGUUCGACAUUCCCGUCGAUGA